AUGUCAGAUGUAAAAGUUGAAAUAGACAGAUCUGAAACUGAUGGUACUUUUACAAAUCAUGAUAUUAUUAAAGGUAAUAUUACAUUAGUUGUAACAAAAUCGAUUUCAUUAAAUUGGAUUCAAGUUAAAUUGGAAGGAGUUUCUUCAACUCAGUUAUCAAUUCCCAAAGUUCCAAUAAAUAAAAAAGAUAGAGAUAGAAAAGAUAAAAUUUUGAAAGAUGUACAUAAAGUUUUAUAUGAUACUGCUAUUGUUUUCCCACCUGAUAAUGUGCGUCAAGUUUCAUCAGCAAAAGAAUUUACUUUAACACCUGGAAAUUAUUCAUAUCCAUUUGAAUUUAAAAUACCACUUAACAAUUCGUGUCAUAAAUUAUCUGGUAUUUCAAAUAAACUAAGUUUUAAUUUAAAAACUAUGGAUUUAAUGAUUAAUAAUGGGAAUUUUAAUUCACAAUUUGUCAAAAAUAAAGCUCAAAAAUAUUAUCAAGAUUAUAAAUCAAAUGGGUUUAGUAAUAGUAAUGGUAAUGGAUCUAAUAAUUCACCUCCCAAUUUCUCACAACCUUAUCAUAUUACUUCACAAUUACCUCCUUCAUUAUCUGGUAUUGGCGAUUUUGCAAAUAUCAAAUAUUUUAUAAAAGUAACUUGUAAAAGAUCAAGUUUUAUAAAACCAAAUUUAAGAGCUUUUGAUCCAUUUAUUUUUUUACCUUUAGAUUUAGAUUCUCAUAAUAAACCAAUUGUAGCAAAUCAAACAACUGAAAUUGAAUAUAGAGAAGCUUUUGUUCGAAAAGAAUUAAUUUUUAAAAAUAGAAUACCUGAAAUUGUUGGUGUUAAAGUCCCUUUAUCUCCAGAGAAGAAAGCAAAUAUUGAAAAAAAGGCCCUUCCAAAAGUUCCAGUUCCACAAAUUCAACCAAGAAAACAAGGAUUUAUACAAAGAUUAUUUAAUGAUAACCCCAUACCUACUCAACCUCUCAAUAACGAUAGUCCACCUCAACCAAUUAGAAAAAGAAGAGAUAAAAUACCUGAAAUUGAAAUGAAAAAUGUUCCAUUUUCGUUUGAAAUUAGGUUUAGACAUCCAGCAUUUUUAAUCCCUACUAAACCACCAUCUUUUAAAUUAUAUUUAGUAAGUAACUUGAAUCCAUUAAGAUAUACAUUAGCAGAAUAUGGUAAAUCAGAUGAAUCAAAUGGUUUAGGUAUUGUUUAUUUACAAAAAUUAAAAAUUACAUUAAUUUCAACAACAAUAGUAUCAGUAAUUGAAACUGAUGGAUCUACAAAUGAAUAUCAUAUGGGACAAAAUGAAGAAAAUCUAUUAAUUUGUAAUAAUACUUAUCAAAAUUUGAAAUUUGAUUUAAUGCAUUGUAUCAAGAAUAGAAAUGCAUCACAAACUUCAACAAAUGUAAAUAAUCAAGGUUCAAUAUUUGAAAUUGAAAUUCCGAAGAAAUAUUUUGCAAAUGCUGUUUUACCUGAUUAUUUAUCACCAAGUUUUAAAACUUGUAAUAUUACAAGAAGAUAUACUUUAAAUGUAAUUGGAGGAUUUUCCUGUGAAAAGAUUAAUGAUUUUAGAAAUAAGAUGGAAUGUGAUAAAAAGAUUAAAUAUGUUGAUUUAUCAUGUCCAAAUAUUAAAGUAUUAAGUGGAUUAAAUAUGACUUCGACAUUACAAUCAAAUGCUUCAAAAUCAUCGAUACCAAGACAUAAUAGUUCUACAUCGACUCCACAAUUAGCACAUACUCCACCACCACAACAAAUACCAUUUCUUGACGAUAGAAAGAAUUCUCACCUUUCAGUUGAUUUACCUGAUGGUAAUAAUGAAGAAAGUGUAUUACUUCCAACAUAUGAUGAUGUUAUGAGAGAAAGUAGCUAUCAAGAUAAUAGUGAACAUCAAAGAGCAAGAAGAAGGUAUCAACAACAUGAGCAAUAUUAUAAUAGUAUAGAUCCGUAG